GAUUGUCGGGACGAUACAGACGUCAACUAUUGCCUCCCGAAUUUGGUCCAUCUUCAAACACACAAACGUUGGGGGAGAUCUUAGAACGCACGCCUCCGCAAGAUUUGCAAAGGGAAGAAAUGAUGGAAACCGAUGGACAGAAACAGUAUAUUCGUGACAUGGAAUCUCAAUCGACUCCAUCAUUGUUUAAAAUGGCUGCCACCCUUGGAGAGAGUAUCAUUAAAAAUCAUGCAUUUUUGGAUGGAAAUAAGAGAGCUGGCCAUCUUGCCAUUUCGAUGUUUUUAGCUAUAAACGGUUACGAUCUGGAUGCGGAUGAUGAAUCACCGAGAAAAUUACGAUAG